AUGACUUCUAAUAUUGUUUCCAAGACUAUAAAGUACAAUCCUCAAACAGACAGGCUGAUUACUGUCGCAGCCGGUUGCUUUUGGGGUACCGAACACAUGUAUAGAAAACACCUUGGUGAUAGAAUUAUCGACUGUAAGGUUGGUUUUGCCAAUGGUAUUGAAGACUCAAAGGAUCAAGAAUCAUCUGUUUCGUACAAGAGAGUCUGCAAGGGUGACACAAACUUUGCUGAAGUAUUACAAAUUUCAUACAAUCCAACAGUGAUAACUUUAAAGGAACUGGUUGAUUUCUUUUUCAGAAUCCAUGAUCCAACAACUUUAAAUGUACAGGGACCAGAUAUUGGUACACAGUACCGUAGCGCCUUAUAUGCUCAUUCCCAAAGUGAUUUGAAUGAACUACAUAAAUUGAAAAAUGAUUGGGAACCAAAAUGGGGGAACAAGAUUUCUACUCAAAUUGAACCAAUUCACAACUAUUACGACGCUGAAGAAUACCACCAAAUUUACUUGGACAAGAAUCCUGAAGGAUACGCUUGUCCUACACAUUAUUUAAGAGAUAUUUAG